GGGCAGUUCCGAGGCGCGGGUUGUUCCGACCAGCAGAGCCGGUAGCGUGGACACGGCGAGGGUCAGGGAAUCAGACACCGACAGGAGACCGGUAGUGGAGGAAGAGGUCUCUCUCGCCUCCCUUUAUUCAGCCACGAUACUUUUCCCCCAAGGCUCUAGCAGAAGAUCGGAUGCUGAUGAGUCUGACAGCCCAGCGCCCUGAGCAGCCAUGGACGGCAUCCCGAGCGCGCGACGCCUCACCAUUGAGGACUUCGAGAUCGGGCGGCCCCUGGGCAAGGGCAAGUUCGGCAACGUGUACCUGGCUCGGCUCAAGGAAAGCCGUUUCAUCCUGGCCCUGAAGGUCCUCUUCAAGUCGCAGAUCGAAAGGGAGGGCCUGGAGCACCAGCUGCGCAGGGAGAUCGAGAUCCAGGCCCACCUCCAGCACCCCAACAUCCUGCGUCUGUACAACUAUUUCCAUGAUUCUCGGCGGAUAUACCUGAUCCUGGAGUAUGCGCCGCGGGGUGAGCUCUACCAGGAGCUGCAGAAAUGCCACACGUUGGACGAGCAGCGCACAGCCACGAUAAUGGAGGAGUUGGCUGACGCCCUGACCUACUGCCAUGACAGGAAGGUGAUUCACAGGGAUAUUAAGCCGGAGAACCUGCUGCUGGGCUUCAGGGGGGAGAUUAAGAUUGCAGACUUUGGCUGGUCUGUACACACCAUCUCUUUGAGGAGAAAGACGAUGUGUGGCACCCUGGACUACCUGCCCCCGGAGAUGAUCGAGGGGAGGACGUACGAUGAGAAGGUGGACCUGUGGUGCAUUGGCGUGCUCUGCUAUGAGCUGCUGGUGGGCAGCCCACCCUUCGAGAGUGCCUCUCACAGCGAGACCUACGCCCGCAUCCUCAAGGUGGAUGUGAAGUUCCCUCUCACCAUGCCUUUGGGGGCACGAGACUUGAUCUCCAGGCUUCUCAGAUACCAGCCUUCGGAGCGGCUGCCCCUGUCUCAGAUCCUGACGCACCCCUGGGUCCAGGCCCACUCCCGGAGGGUUCUGCCUCCUUGUGCCAGCUGACUUUGUUUACUCUCUCUGCCUCUGCCUUUGCUUUUGUUCUACUGGCUCAGGCAAGUUUUUUGUUGUUGUUUCCUUUUUAAGAUGCAGGAUAUUAAUUAAUAAAAUAAAAGUUGAAUUAUUUAGUACC